UCCCGAGCAGAUAACGCGCGCGCACGAGUACCUUUUUUCUUACCUUACUUCACGCACUGUACGUGUCUCGAGGAGAUUGGUCGGCUCAACGACGAUGCGGACGAACGGAAUUCAAGGUAGCAUCGUGACGAUGCAUGCGAACGUGCGUCGUUUGUUGACUGAAUAGUAAAUUACACAGGCAAACUGCGCGGUUCCGCGAUCCGGAGCACCAGCCGACGUGCCACCAGGUGUCGCGGAAUGAAUAGUACAAAUGUGGAAGAUUCCACGAGACGGGACGAGAUCGGAAAGCGGGAGUGGAGAAUCCCCACGUAUCGGGGAGUGCCUGAGGAUGUAUUAACGGCCGAAUUACGGAUCGCGUUAUCGCUCAUGUCAUUUGGCGAAAACUGCCGGCGCCCGAAAGCACCGGGCUCUUAAACGACCUCUUAAACGAGGCUUCUCCGAGAAUUAUCCGUGAUCAGAGCGGCGUCAGUCGCCAAACCGCCCAUUUCGGCUUUUAUCUCGAAUUGGUCCCCCACGUUUCUUUCUCUCUCGGCCACGAUAUCACCGGUGCUUUUUAAUCACGGCUGUGUACUCAGUAUCCACUCCACCGUACUCGUAAAGCCGCUCGGACAUGUAUUCUUCGUGCCUCUGAUAUCUUGAUUGAGAGGCGUGAAGGAGUUCGUCGGCCUGGAGGAGGUCACCAAGCUGGACUUUCUGGUGAUGCUGUUCGCCGAGACUCUGGGCACGUUCCUGUUGGUCCUCAUAGGAUGCGCCUCGUGCAUCACAUGGGUGGCCGCGACGCCGCCGACCGUCGUGCAUAUUGCGUUCACCUUCGGCCUCGCGGUAGCGAGCUUGGCGCAGGCUUUGGGACCGAUCUCCGGCUGCCACGUGAAUCCGGCUGUGUCGUUCGGUCUGCUGGUCAGCGGGAACUGCACGUUCCUCAAAGCCGUUAGUUACAUGGUCUGCCAAUGUUGCGGCGCUAUCGCGGGCUCCGCAGUUCUCAAGCUGAUAAUGCCGGCGGCGCAGAAGUCCUACGGCCUGGGCGCUACCAUGCUGGGGCCCGGGGUGACGAUCGUCCAGGGUAUCGUAAUGGAGGCGAUCAUCACGUUUCUGCUGGUACUGGUGGUGCACGCGGUCACAGACCCGAAGCGUACCGACACGCGAGGCUGGGCCCCGCUGGCGAUCGGCCUGACGAUCUCGGCGGCCCACAUGGCAGCGGUGCCGUUCACGGGCAGCAGCAUGAACCCCGCGCGGACUCUGGGUCCCGCCGUGAUCGACGGCCACUUCAGCAACGUCUGGAUCUACUGGGUCGGCCCGAUCGCCGGAGGCUGCACGGCCGGUGGCGUCUACAGGAUGGGCCUGAGAUCCAACAAGGACGACGACGAGGCAUCGUACGACUUCUGAGGGGAACACCCGGCUAGUAGAGAUGAACCCCGCAGACCAGAUGAGUCUCCCCACUCCCCUUUGUCGUUCUUCUUAAUUAAGAAACUAGGUAUUAGCAUUCUCCUGGAACACGGACGAAAGGAGGACUUCGGUUAUCGUGAUCGGCGCGAUCGUCAUAAUUCGGUCGCGUUAGCCGAACUCGAUUGACAGUAAUCGACGUGAACACCUCUCGGUUUGUGUAAAUUUUACAGCCACUAUUUUGUACGUCACCCUACCCUGAGUUUUGUAUAUAUUGUACUUAAAGUAGCUCGUAGCGACCGAAUGUAUUGUCUAGCGAUUUAAUAUAGUCCAGUAUUGUCUGAAACUUAAAUGAGUAGUUUACGGCGCACCUCCCGUGCGAAUGAUACAAACGUGAAGGCAUUAACAAAUACACUUAUUUUUUGUCAUCAAU